GAUGAGUUGGAAAGUAAAUGUGUUUAAAUAACCAAGAUUAAAGAAUCUGUUCCCAGAGUAAAAUUAACACAUUUAUCUAAAACCAAUAUUAUUGAUGUAUGGGCUCAUAAUUUCAUGGCUGAAAUUACAGAAAUAGCUUCACUUAUUGAAGAAUUUAAUGUUAUAUCAUUAGUAAUGAUUGUAAUGAAUUUAGGAUACAGAAUUUCCAGGAACAGAGUAUGAUCAACCAGAAAAUGAUGAUAAGGUGAGUUGAAUGUAAAAAUAAUAGGAUUAUGAAUAUUAAUAAUUAGUAAGAAAUGUUUAAAAAUACAAACUUAUAUAACUUGGAAUAAGCUUAGCAAAUGAAGCUGGAGAAGUACCUUUGGUUAAGAACACAUGGCAAUUUCAUUUUAAAUUUAAUUCAUAGUAUAUAAACAAUUAAAAUUAGAUAUGAUUAAUUAAUGAAUCCUGUUAAGGUUAUGUUAGAAUAGGCAGGAAUUAGGUUUGAUGAUUUAGCAUCUAAAGGAAUAGAUUAUUCUUUAUUUUGUGAAAUAGUUACUGGAAGUGGUAUUACUAUAUAUAAAAAUAAGGACUAAUCUUAAAUGAUGAAAUUAAAUAUGUAGUAUUUCAUGGGGAAUUUGAUUUUGGUUAUUUAUUACAUUUGUUUCAUCAUUCAGGAAUUCCAGAUACAUAAGAAGAAUUUUAUAAAAUGAUGAAACUUUAUUUUCCAUAGAUUUAUGAUUUGAAAUAUAUUUUAAAAGACAAUCAAAAAUAUAAAGAUGCUGGAUUAAGUAGAUUAGCUACCAAAGUUGAAGUGACUCGUAUAGGACCAGAACAUUAAGCAGGAUCAGAUGCUUUACUUACAUUAUAAUGCUAUUAUCAAUUGAAAUUUUGUUUCCCAGAUUUAUAAAGUGAUUUUGAAAAAAAUAUGAACAUAAUCUAUGGUAUUGGUAAAGGCUAUGUUCCAAAUAAGUAUUUAUUAUAUUAUAUUUAAGUCGACGAAAAACUUAUGCAUCUAGUUCAUAGACACCAGACCCAGGAUUAUAAGUAAAUCAAAUAGAUUAAUAAUAUUACUACAAUCAAAAUUUCUAAUAUGAAGAACUUCAAAAUUCUUAUUAUCAAUAUGGAUAACAAUUCAUGAAUUACAAUUAUUUUUAAUAUCAAAUGCAUGAGCCUGAUCAAUAGAAGAGGAAAGGUUAUUGA